AAACGGCGCUGGAAAGGUGACGUCAUCCAUCAUCAUCAUCACUACUUUAAAGCUCCCACAACCUGUCUCUUUUUUCCUCCUUUGCUAUUUGCUACCAACCAUCUCACAAUCUCAUAAUCCAAUUGAAUUAUUCACCUUCAAAGUCUCAUCUCAAAAUUAUCCAAGAUGCCUCGCGCCAACGAUAGCACCCAUAAGAUCUUUUACAAGGGUCGCUCUGAGGACUUUAUCGUCUUCGUUGAUGACCUGGACACCCUGAAGAAGUGGAGGGGGGAUCGCAGUGUUCCUUUGACUGAUGUUUUGAAUGGAUGGAAGAUCUUUGUGACUCAUGGCCACGGCGCCCAAGGCGUCCUCGACAGCGCCAGCAAGAAUGCUCUGGAGAACGAGUUCGGCACCUCCAAUGAGGAUGAUUGCUUGGUUAAGAUCCUGGAGGGUGGCGAGUACCAGACCAGCGCGGGACGCGAGCGUGAAGGUAACAAGAACGACUCCAUGGGCUCCAUGGGAAUCACCCGGUAAAUGAGCUAGUUCCAUUCGAAUGGCUGAACCCAUGAACCAUGCAACCAUGACCGUUUCACCACUUACCCCCCGUUCUCGAAAUUCACGAUGUUUAUCCCUAUCGUCUCGACUUUCUUCUACGACCCUCAGCGCUGCUGGUUCAUGGUUCACCAUUUGAAAUGCUGGCUAAAUUUGUCACGGGGAGAAACUUUUUGCUAUGUUUUCGGAAGGGUGUUUCCAUUCGGGUUAUUUUGCAUUAGUUAGCAGUGGCAGGCUUCCAUACCUGAGUUAUCAUGAAAUAACGAGAGGGCGAGGCAUUUAAACUCGUCAUACAAAUACUACAUUAUGCUGUCCCUAGUA